AAUAGGUGAGUUUCUUUUCUAACUACCUGAAUUUCAAAACCCAUGUUUUAUUUUCUCUGCAAAACCAUACGAAAUGGGAGAUACGCUAAUGCAACUCCCCUACCAAUACACAAACUGGGUUUUCUGCAGCCCCCAUCUUUAUCUCUGAAAUACAUCUCAAGCACUUCCGAUCAACAACCUUUCGCAGUCUCAUACCUCAUAAAUGCACUUGGAUUGUCCCCAGAAGUUGCUGUAUCAGCUUCCAGAUAUGUUAGCUUCGAAACCCCAGAGAAAGCAGACUCCGUGAUUAACUUUUUCAAGAGCCUUGCAUUCUCUGAAACCCAGAUCUCGAACGUUGUCAGAAGACUCCCCACGGUGCUUUUGUCUGAUACAAAUAAAACCCUUUUUCCCAAAAUUGAAUUCUUUGCCUCUAAGGGCAUUUCAAGACGUGACCUUGCCAAAAUGUUAUCUGCGUACCCUACUCUUCUUAAAAGAAGCUUAGAAAAACAAAUUAUCCCGUCUUUUGAUUUCUUUAAAGAUUUGCUUCAGUCUGAGGACAUGACCGUUCAUGCAAUAAAACGAUUUCCGGGUAUGCUUGUACUUGAUCUUGAAACUUAUGUGGCGCCUAAUAUCAAUUCACUGAGAGAGAACGGAGUGCCUGAGUGUCAUAUUCGUACUCUACUUAAAUACCAGCCUAGAUCUCUCAUGGUCAAUCCAGUUCGGUUUAGAGAGAUUAUAGAGGAAGUGAAUGAAAUAGGAUUCAAUCCUUUGAGGUUGAAAUUUGCUCUUGCGGUAUUUGCUUUCCGAGCAAUGAGCAAAUCAACAUGGGAAAGCAAGGUUGAUGUUUACAAGAAAUGGGGUUGGUCUGAGGAUGAGGUUUUUGUGGCAUUUAAAAGACAUCCCUGGUGCAUGAUGGCUUCUAAAGAUAAGAUUAUGGGGGUAAUGGAUUUUUUUGUCAACAAGAUGAGUUUGGAGCCUUCGGUUGUUGUCAAACGCCCGUCACUUGUUUCUCUUAGCUUGGAAAAGCGAUUGAUUCCUAGGGGUUUGGUUAUUCAAGUUUUGUUCGCAAAAGGUUUGGUGAAGAAGGAUAUUAGCAUGUCUUCUUUGUUCGAAUGUCCUGAUGAGACGUUUCUGAGGAAGUUUGUCAUGCCUCACAAGGAGGAAGCUUCUGAACUCUUGAAGCUAUGCAGAGAGGACAUCAGAUCUUUGGAGAUGAAAAGAUAAUAGAGGGCGUACAAGGCAGAUAAGAAAUAAUUGUAGAUGGCUUCAUCAUAAUGACACCUUGUUGAAUAUACUCAAUCCACUUUGAUUCGUUGCUCUUGAGGCUGUGCUUUGUGAUUAAUCCUUUCUUUAUAUGCUGGCAUACCUCCACUACUAGUUUCAUUGGGAACUUUUGCUAAUUUCAAACAACCUGUGGAAAUUUUGACACUUAAAUUAUAUUUUCUUUCAUCUCGUUGCA